AUGAAUUCCCCUGAACUGGUUGAUCUUCUCUUGGCCCAUCCCGGUAUCAAUCCCAAUUCCCUUAGCAAGAACGGCAACACGCCGCUAUGGAUGGCAUCACGCUUACAGUACGAUGAGAUUACGAAACGGUUUCUUAGGCAUGGAGGUGUGGACAUCAACUUCAUCGGUGGUCGCGGGAAGUACGACACGCCCUCGACCGCUCUACACCACGCCAUACUGAGGCUAGAUACAACGAUUCUACAAGCCUAG